AUGUCUUCUCUGACCUCUGAAUCUAAUGAUGCUGUCGCGAGCGGCUCUGGUACCGAAGAGCCGUGGAACCACUGGCCAAACGAUAUAGGGUUCGAUCCAGAAUACGAAGAACGCACCCCGGUUGAGCUUGCUGUACGCGGUGAGAUUCCGGCAUAUGCUGCUGGCACGCUUUAUCGUACAGGACCAGGCAAAAGCCAGGUCGAAACCCAAGAAGGUCGACUCUUCCAGUUGUCGCACUGGUUCGAUGGAUUUAGCCAAACACACCGUUUCCAGAUUCUUUCAUCGGCAGACUCGACUCGCGUUAUCUACAAUUCCCGAUUUGGAACUGACGCCCUGAUUGAGCAUAAACGAGAUCCCUGCAAGUCGGUUUUCAACAAAGUUCAGACUGAAUACGUCCCGCCUCUUGCUCCUGACUCUGCGAAUAUUGGCGUUACUCUUUCAGUCAACAUGCCUGGUCUCGAUCAUGAUCCGAAUGAAUCAAAGGACCGCUGGGCCAAUGGCAUCCGGACCCUGUAUGCGAAGACGGACUAUAACGCAUUCCAGAAGCUUGACCCGGAGACCCUAGAGCCAAUUGGUCUUGCAAGCCAGCAAUCUUUGCAUCCAGAUCUGGCGGGUCCACUAGCAGCUUCGCAUGCCCGCUCCGAUCCUGUGACGGGCGAUAUGUACAACUUCAAUCUCACUCUCGGGGAAGAGUCGACAUAUCGUGUAUUUGGUGUCUCUGCUUCGACUGGAGAGACUACGAUCCUGGCCACGUUCACAGGCAUUCCUGCUUACCUGCACUCGCUGCUUAUAACUGAGAAUUACGUGCUCCUUUGCGUGUGGAACUCCCACGUCAACCCGUUGGAGCUAGUCAGUGGCUCCUUCAUGGACUCCAUCAUGCCUACGGACCCAUCCAAGCCGGCGACAUGGUAUGUGAUCGAUCGCAGAACUGAAAAGGGACUCGUUGCCACCUACGAGAGUCCUGCCUUCUUCUGCUUCCAUACCAUCAACGCAUGGGAGGAACCGUCAAAGGAAGAUCCAACCAAGACGGAUAUUGUCGCCGAUCUUGUGCGCAUGGACAACACCGAAUUCCUCAAGUUUCUCUACUACGAGAACCUCAAGUCGUCGCUCCCUAGUGCUAAACAGUUUGCCGCAGGCAGAGGCGAAGGGUUGCGGUCAACCAUCACACGCUUCCGUCUGCCGGCUCUACCUUCUGUGCCUAGCUCGGAGACUCUACAUGCAAUGGUGGAAUGGUCUGCUUGCAAAGCAUGUUCUCCUGAGCUGCCUACAAUGAAUCCAGCCUUUGUGACGAAGAAGUAUCGAUAUGUAUACGCCACGACCUUCGGUGGCGAGGCCACCCUUACAGAUGGCAUUAUGAAAUUCGACUGCGAGACACAGGAGACGACCCGGUGGGUCCGCCAUGGCCACUCCCCUGGGGAGCCAAUCUUCGUUGCAAACCCGAAAGGAGAGAGUGAGGAUGACGGUGUCCUUCUUAGUGUUGUGCUUGAUGGCUUGCAGGGUUAUAGUUACUUGCUCUGUCUCGAUGCUCGUAAUCUGGUUGAGUUGGGCAGGGCUGAAGUCAAGGGAGUUGUUGGCUUUGGUUUCCAUGGACAGCAUGUUCCUCUCGUUGGCAUGCCCACGGGAGAUUGGUAG